AUGCCACCUUCCACAGCACCCGAAGACCUCAAAUUUGACGUUGCGGCACCUCCAGGUUGGACGUUUUCUCCGGGUGACACUAUCAUCGGCAACGUGGUGCGCCACGCGCCGAUCGUCGCACCCGACGCCAUCGUGACACUAGGCCUGAUCGGUCGCUUAAGGGUCCGAAUCUCAGAACAGGAGGGGCCCGGCACCUACAGUCAACACAAGUACACUCAUUACCGCAGCGAAUGGAAUCUCAUCAACCACAAACUAGAUGUUAUUUCGCGCGGGCCCUUGCACCUCGCUGAGGGUAGCGACGAGUCGCUCAGCUGGCCAUUCUCCAUUGAUAUUCCGACGGAGCCCAUCGACACGGUGACACAAAACCGGAUUCAAAAGGCCAGCUUUCUUCCACUCAACAAAGACGAUCCUGCUUGCCAUGUAUUGCCUGGAUCCUUUAUUUCGGCAGGGAAAAGCACCAUUGGCUCCUGCGAGGCCUAUGUGGAGUAUUUUCUGAAAUCCGAGUUGCGAUACAUUCGCAGUGGCUCGGCUGAAGCUCACACCGUGACCUGGCCGGUCACUGUAAGGUACCCCGUGGAGGAAGCCGACUUGUUCAGCUUGCAGGUAUCCCGGACUCAGGGCAAGAUCCAGAGUCAGCGGCUGCUACCAGGAAUGGAGAAUAAGAGUCUGUCGCUCAAACAAAAGACCCUCAAGGCCUUUGGAUCAUCCAGCGUGCCAGAAUUCCAUUAUCAAGUCGAAUUUACUUUUCCUCACGUUCUCCAGCUGGAUCAUCCGUCGCCUAUUCCCAUAACAUUGAAUGUGGUACCUCAGCGCGAUAAGAUCAGCACCAACGUCAAAGAAGUCACACCGGAUGUCCAUAUUCAUGAACUCAAGAUACUCCUUUGGCGUCGGACUUCAGCUCGCGCCCCGACCUACGACAAAGAGAAUGUCCGCGGCGACACAAUAUUGUCUUCUAUGGACUUUAAGCUUGAAACGGCUUUUAGGGAUAUCCAGACCCCAUUGGUGAUAUCGAUUGGAAAGGGCAAUGAGCCGAUCGAUCUCGGCAGUAUAUUCCAGCUUUUCCUCCAUCCCAAUGGUCUAACGUCCGGGAAAAAGCGCUAUCUAUCCAGAGCCUCCGUCUACCCCACUUUUACUUCGUGGAGUAUCCGGCACACUCAUACGCUGGAGUGGAAGGUUUCUCUCACAAUUGCAGGCGAGUUCCAAACGGUAGGAGCUAGCAAUGUACCACUGCGAAUAAUUGGAGCAGCAUGA